AUGGAUUACGACCAUAAUAAUAUUCUUAUUUCGGUGUCGAAAGUCUAUGCAGACGUAAAUCAGCAAAAAGGCCCAGAGUGGUAUGAUCAUAAAUCAUAUGAACCACAAUGGAAUUUACCUGACAAUUAUUCAUUAAUCAAAAAAGUCGGCAGAGGAAAAUACUCUACAGUUUUCAAAGCAGUUCAUAAACGUCGUACAGAAUGCGCUAUCAAAAUUUUAGUUCCAUUAGAUCCAAAACGUUAUUUACGUGAAAUUAAAAUUUUAACAAACCUCGCAGGACAAAAGAAUAUCGUUAGACUUCUUGAUCUAGUAAAAGAUCCAAUGACAGGCAUUUAUUCAUUCGUAUUUGAGUGGGUUGACUUUUACGAUUGGAGAUCACUUUAUACUUCCUUCACAAUCCAUGAUAUCAGACUAUACAUGUAUAAACUUUUGUGCGCGUUAGAUACAGCACAUUCACUUGGCAUUAUGCACAGAGAUAUUAAACCACAAAAUAUAGCUAUUGAUAAAGAACACAGAAGGCUCAGGCUUCUCGAUUGGGGCCUUGCAGAUUUUUAUCAUCCGAAACAGAAAUACAACUCUCACGUUGCUACGAGAGUAUUUAAACCACCAGAGCUUCUUAUUUGUUAUCCUUAUUACGAUUACUCAAUGGACAUCUGGUCAGCCGGCUUGACAUUCUCAAUCAUGAUGUUCAAGCGAAUUGUCAUAGAGUGUGGCGAAGAUGAUCCUGAUCAGCUUCUUAAAGUUGCUGAUUUGGUCGGCGGAGCUGGCAUUCUUAACUAUGCAGAUAGUCUUGGUGUUGAUCUUGACGACUCCACAAGACAACAGCUUGUUAGAAGGCCAGGAACAGGAUGGGAAAAGCAUCGAGCUAAAGUUGCUCCUGAACUUUGCCCUCCGGAUGCUCUGGACCUCCUUAAUAGAAUGAUGACUAUCGAUCAUCGCGAACGCAUCACCGCUAGAGAUGCAAUGAAGCAUGCUUUCUUCAAGCCCCUUCUUGAUCCUCUUAAAACUCAUAAAGUCGAGUAA